UUAGGAUAUCAUUAGAACAAUGUAAAACACUGCUAUUGCAUUUAGUUUUUUCUUCUAUUGGUGGGGUGGCAACUCUGCCCUUCCGGAUCAGUAGUGGGGCAGUCUAUUUAUAAACUUGAACUGAGAACCAGUUGAUGUGCUGUGUUGUGCAUUGGGACAUAGAUAUAGUUUCGGCAGUGCUGACAUGGCCUGCAGCGCUGACGCUGAGCAGAAGUCUCAGAGCUGUAGACCGACUCCUCUUUCUAAACCAGAAAACAAAUCAGAGCAGGAUGAAUCUACUCUCCAUGCUGACGCUUCAGAGCCUGACACAAUCCCUGAUGCUACCCUACGGGUGGAAGGAGAGAGCUUUUAUGUCAGCCGACACCAUCUGGCCCUCCAGAGUCCUUACUUUAGGGCUCUGUUUUUCGGCUGUGGCGUGGAAAGCAACAAAAGACAGGUGGAGAUCAAAGGGGUGGAUCUGCAGUACUUUAAGGUUCUGAUAGAGUACAGCAAGACACAGCGACUCGCUCUGAACAGAGAAAAUGUUCUGGGAAUCCUUGAGACUGCAGACUUCUUACAGCUGGAGCGACCCAGGCUACUGUGCUGCAAGUUCCUGGAGCGUGAGCUGCACCUCAACAACUGCUUGGGAAUGAUGGCCUAUGCCUGGCAGCUUGGCUGUACUCAGCUGUACACUGUAGCACGACAGGUGACGCUCACACACUUCUCUGCAAUUUUAACUCAAGAAGACUUCCUGUGCCUUUCCAAGGAGACAAUAGCAGACCUUCUUGCCAGCGAUGACCUGGCCAUCUUCAAAGAUGACCUGGCCUUGGAGGCCACCUUACGCUGGGUGUCAUCUGACCCUAAUCGAGAGGAACAUUUCCUUGAGCUUGUUGAGCUGGUGAGGCCAGAGUUUCUCUCUUUACCAUCUCUCACUAAACUUUUGACCACAAUGAAAAGCUUGGACCCCAGAGCCAGGCUCAUCUGCAGGCUCAAUGAUCAUUUCCCAGCUUCUUGGUCUGUGGGAAGGUCAUUGAGGAGAACCAGAGCCAGAGAGACUUUGUAUGUCCUGGGUGGACCUCAUGAUAAGGAGGAACAGGCCCUGUAUCAGUUUCACCCUCAGAGUGGUAGAUGGCAGAGCUGCUCACCUCUGCAGAGAAAGAACCUUACUCAGUAUUCUGUCGCAGCAGUGGGUGACAAUGUGAUCGUGACAGGUGGCUACUUCAGGGACGUGCUGUGGUUCAGUGUGGAUUGGGUCAGGUUUUACGAAUGUCGGUACCAACGCUGGCUGGAUGGUCCAGCCAUGCAGAAGUCCAGACACAGUCACUGCUCCAUUGGGCUGGAUUCAGUCCUGUAUGUCCUGGCUGGCAGUAUGGAUGAAGGCCUCGUGGCUGACGUAGAGAGGCUGGUCCUGGGGUCAGAGGAGGGCUGGGAGGGGCUGAGCCCCAUGGUUAGGGCAGUCGAGAGGGCGGCUACUGCUGCUCUAGGAAUGUGUAUUUAUGUUACAUGUGGCCUGGAUGAAAACGGGGAUGUGUAUGCAGGAAUUCAGAGAUAUGUGGUGAAGGAGGAUCAGUGGGAUGUAGUCUCCUAUUCUCCGUUUCCACGGUAUGACCUAGUUGCCACUGAGCUCAAUGGUGCCCUCUACCUAUUUGGAGGCCAAGCCCUGCGUUUUGACGUGGAGACUGAUGAAUGGACGGUGAUCGAAGAAGAAUGUUUGGAGAGAAAGUUUUUUUGUGGCUGCACCAACAUCAGCGGCCAGAUCUACCUAGUUAGUGAGAGGAAAAGUAACAAAGCAUUCCCAAACAUGGUGCUGAUGGACCCUUACAUAGACACUUGCAUUCAGACAGACGAUGCUGUACCCUGCCCCAUGCCCCUUAGAGGAUGUGUCACCAUGAGGAUGGUCACAUGAUUUAAUCUUAAUAAAUAAAAUGCGACAUUGUUCUCUAAA